ACAAAAUCUAGAGAGACCUUGCGGUGGAGAACCAACUUUCUCCACACUCCCCACUUGGCCGCUUCCACUUCCAAAAAUCCAACCCACCCUUAAUAAUAGCACUCCCCCUCCCACAAAAUUGUUCAGAAGUAUAGAACGAAUAACCGAACUAAAAUUAACGGUUGAUCAGAACUAUCAGCAGACCACUGAGCCGCGGAGCCGGACGGAAUCGGGUGGACUUUGGAAUGCUUGCCUUGUCUCCUUUGACGAACGCCAAGGAUGAGAGGGAGAGCUUCUCGAUCAACGAAUUCUCGGAGUUCUCCGACGGGAAUUUCCUCGACAGCAUCGAUUUCGAUGAUCUUUUCAGCGGGGUUAACGACGGGGAUGUGUUGCCUGAUCUGGAGAUGGACUCGGAGAUCCUGGCCGAGUUUUCAACAUCGGCGAGCGGGGGCGAGGAAUCGGAGAUGAACGCGACGUCGUCGUUUGCGUCGGGCGAGAGAGCGGAGGAUAAUUCUUUGUCGGGGAAGGAGGAAGUGACGGAAGGUUCUGGGUUGAUUAGUCAUGGACCGGCGGAGGAGAUAGUGAGCAAGAGAGAGGACGAGUCCGUUGGUGGUGCAAAACCGUUGCGAAAGGAAGCUGAAAAAGGAAGGAAAUCAUCUAAGAAUUCUCAAGGGAAAAGGAAAGUUAAGGUGGACUGGACGGCAGAGCUGCACAGGAGAUUUGUGCAAGCAGUGGAGCAGUUAGGAGUGGACAAGGCAGUCCCAUCAAGAAUUUUAGAGCUUAUGGGAAUUGAUUGCCUCACUCGCCAUAACAUUGCCAGCCAUCUCCAAAAAUAUCGAUCUCAUAGGAAGCAUUUGCUAGCUCGAGAAGCCGAGGCAGCAACUUGGAGCCAAAGACGGCAAAUGUACGGUAGUGCCGCCGCCCCUGCCAGAGGUGGAAGUAAGAACAUAAGACCUUGGGUAGCACCUACCAUGGGGUUCCCUCCACCCAUGCCACCAUUACAACAGCACUUCAGACCGUUACACGUAUGGGGUCAUCCGUCCAUGGACCAAUCUCUAAUGCACAUGUGGCCCAAACAUCUAGUCCCUGCCGGAUCUCCGCUGCCACCGCCAGCCGCAGUAGCGUGGGCUCCAGGCCCGCAUCCUCCUCCUCCUCGGCCACCGCCAGACCCUUCAUUUUGGCUCCCGCACCAUCUAAGGGUGUCCAAUUCUCACACCCCAGGAAUGCCUUGCUUUCCACCACCACCACUGGCAACAGCGAGAUUUCCCGUGCUACAGGUCACAGGAAUUCCACCACCCCAUGCCAUGUUCAGAGUAGACCCUACCAGACAAACUGGUCCCCAGCCAGCUCCAUUGGACUUGCUCCCGUCUAAAGAGAGCAUUGAUGCAGCCAUAGGAGAUGUGAUGUCAAAGCCAUGGCUGCCACUUCCAAUUGGCCUAAAACCUCCAUCUACUGACAGUGUCAUGGUGGAAUUGCAACGCCAGGGAAUUCCCAAAAUACCCCCCACUUGCAGUUCAAAAGCUAAUACUCAACAAUCAUCACAAUCCAUGCAUGGUGGUGAUUUGGGGAAUUUCAAGCCGUAAAAAAACUAAAUUCGACGACAUUUCAUGCAUUUUUAGAUGUAACCAUCUAAAUCUGCAAAUUUUCCUCUCUUCCUUUUGAGCGUUCCUUUUUUUUUAUUUUUUAUGUAAGUGUAGAAGAGAAUUGACUAUGGACCUAAUAAUUUUUUUGUAAUAGCUGUACUUACAAUCUAAAUAUAAGAGCAUAUAUCUUGCUUUUGUGCUUUUA